AUGGAAUUCCCAAGAUGGUUAUUAAAUAUCGGUCUGAUGUUGACUACAGCUUCGGUUUUUUGUGACGAGAGAAAUGAUUUGGAAUCAAUGUAUCGUUUACCCGUGAUCACAAUACCAUGUCACUAUAACGUCAGUCUGGUCACGCAUCUCGAGAAAGGCGACAUUGCUUUUUACGGUAAAACCAGUGUCGUUAUCAAGAUUCUUCACCUAACGCCAACGAUAAGCUUACACUCGAAAAAAUUGGAAAUAAGUAAAGAAGCGACAACGCUGAUUGACGACAAUGGUAACAUCUAUGAACCGCUGGAACAUACUUACAACCACGCGAUGAAUAUAUUGACGCUACGUUUCGCCACUGUAUUCCCGUAUGGUUUUUACACCCUGAACAUGGAGUUCGUUGGUAAUUUUUCUGAGAACGGUUUAAAUAGCGGCUUUAUAAAAAUGCAAUAUACGAACAAAGAAGGAAACAGUACACUGGCCGUAACGUUUUUCAAGCCAAAUAAGGCCAGACAAGUGUUUCCGUGUUGGGACGAGCCAGAGUUAAAAGCCACCUUCAACAUCUCCGUGAUGCAUCACCGUAAAUACAGGGUAUUGUCGAAUAUGCCGAUGCGAGAGCAGCCGUGGGACAAAAUGGCAUGGUGUGGACGCACUUCGAGACCACUCCAACCGUCUCUGACGUCACAAGCGAGAUUCGUACACGGUGUUGCCGAAAAUAUCACGUCGGUUUUACUCCAAUAUACCAAUAGUUUCGAAACAGCGCCGAAAAUCGAUCAUGUCUUGAUACACUAUUAUCCAACCUACAGCUUGGAACAUUGGGGACCCAUCAUUUACAACGAAUUAAAUGUUAUUUACAAUAGCACGGAUCCUACAUUCCGAAGGAAAUCAGUAGCGUCGUUAGUGGCAAGGGAACUUUUACAUCACUGGUUUGGCAAUUUGGUCACCCCAUCUUGGUGGUCCCAUGUGUGGUUAAUGGCCACAUGCGUUCUGUUACAUUGGAUCUUACAUCUUGGAACUUUGAUUAUUCGGUUCUCUUCGAUAUUGAAGUGCGUCACAAAGUUAUUCCUGAUAAGAAUCUUAGAUGAGCUCCUUGCGUAUCUGGGGUACGAAGAAAAUCCUGACGACGUUACAAAGCUGUUAAGGCUAGACGCCACGAAAUGGGCGUGUACCAUCGGUCACGAUAAAUGCCAGAAAACGGCCGCCGAUAAAUUAAAUAAGUACCUCGAGGAUCCUGAUACUAACACAAUUCCGCAAUGGUGGCAAGAUUGGACGUACUGCUUUGGUUUGACUACAGCUGAUAGGAUUACUUGGGAUAAAGUGUCGAAAUUAUAUAUACGAAAUCGUGACGAAAAGAUUUUAGAAGGAUUGUGUUGCGCCGAAGAUUCCAAUAUAAUUAUCAGCUAUUUGUUUAGCGCAGCGACGAAGACAUUAUUCGACGAUGAGGUGCAUCAUCUUAUCUUCAAUACCAUUCUUGAAAAGCAUGCGCGCAACGAUUGGAUCCUCGACUACAUAUUGGACAAUUUUGAAAGUAUCAACCAGAUUUAUUGA